CAGAGAAGUAGGUUUCAGAUGGGGAGGCUUUUUGAUGCUAUUUGAUAUUACAUUCCAAGCUGUCAAAAUUUUUGUUUUAUUGAAGAUUUUAUAUAUAUAUGUAGCGAAUAUACAUUGAUUACAAAUCCCAACUUGUACAUAUUAAUUAAAUUUAGUGUUUAACUAUGGCUACUGAUAGGGAGGUACUGAGAGAAAUUUGGGAAGGAAAAUUACCUGUAUGUUUUGAAUUAAAUCAGGAAGAGGUCAAUGAUUUACAAGCACCUGAACCCUACUACCUUAUUGUUCCCAGGCUAAGCUAUUUUCCCUUAGUGACCGAUAAGGUCAGGAAGCAUUUUGUCAAAUAUAUACACCCUGACAAGCUUGAUGCUGAAAUAUGGCUUGACUAUAAUGGAACUCCUCUGAAAUGGCACUAUCCUAUAGGUGUACUGUUUGAUCUCAAUAAUUCUGAUAUCCAACUGCCUUGGACGAUAACUGUUCAUUUUGAUAAAUUUCCUGAAGAAGAAUUGUUACAUUGCACCUCAAGAGAAACUGUUGAAACCCAUUUUUUGUCUUGUUUAAAAGAGGCUGAUGCCCUAAAACAUAGGACACAAAUUGUGAUGAAUAUGCAAAAGAAGGAUCAUAAUCAGUUGUGGCUAGGAUUGCAAAAUGAUAAAUUCGAUCAAUUUUGGGCUGUAAAUCGGAAACUUAUGGAAGUUGGAGGUGAAGAGUCAUUUCGGUACAUCCCUUUUCGAUGUUACUACAAAGAUGAACCAUGUUUACAGCGUUUAAUCAAACCACUUUCAGAAUCUGGUUGUCGUAAAACUCUGAGCCAGCUGCUUGAAGAGUUGAAUAUGUUACAGGAUGGUUUAUCUCAAUUGAAAGUGACGACACAUGGGAUAGAACCUCCGUUGGAUACACCUCUUCAAUGGAUGAGUGAACACCUCAGUUAUGCUGACAAUUUUCUUCAUCUAAUCGUUUCUUCAGUGGGAUAGUUUAAAUAAUUUUAUCCUAUCUUGCUAUAUUUUAUUUGCAUAAUGUAAUAUAGGCUCUGCUCCAGUACUGGUAUGUUAUCUUUGUAAAUAUAUAUUUUCAUUCCAAUUUUAUGUUUUGUUUCUUUUGAUAUGUUACUCAAAUGUUCAAAUUUUUAAAUAAAUCCAAA